AUGACCUCACCUGAACAAAGAGGAAACAUUGUUAUUUAUGACUCAUUCAACACUUGUAUGGAUAUAGACUUGCGUAAUAUUACAGAAGACGGUGUUGCUAUGUCAAAUUUGCCGGUUGACUUUACAGUUGUCGCUUCUACGCAAAAGACUGGACAGUCUUCGAGGCCGCUACUUAUUGCUGCUAAAAGUUCUGAUACGGACAAUACUAUAAAGCAAAACGAAAAUAGCGUUAUUCAUGUUUCUCUGCAGGGGAAAAGCGGUGUAGAUCAGAAAAUGUCUUUGGAGGAAAGGCGAAGGCAGCGGAACAAGAUUUCUGCUAGAAACUUUCGAGCACGAAGAAAGGAAUAUGUUCAACGUCUAGAAACAACCGUGCAAGAACAACAGAAUGAGAUAUUACGACUCAAUCAAUUAUUAGCAUAUUUUAAAGAAACCAACACAAAAUUAACACAAGAAGUGGAACAACUACGUUUGUACCAUUGA